AUGUAUAACUCGAACGAAUUCUUACAAAGCGCGGGCGUGAGCCGACACAUGCAAGCUACAGGUGAGGCACCUUCACAAAAGACCAGCAUGAAACGCAGAUCGUGUGAAGUGCCUUUGGGUGAUAUCUCGUCGAAUAAUUUUAAGGUAUCUUUAGGAGAUAUCACCAAUGACGGUCAAAACUACGAUUGUCGGUCUCUUCGGUCGAUUAAGUCCGAAGACACUCGGUCUUUACGGUAUUACAGACCAAUAGAUAGUAGGAGUGUGAAGAAUUUUCGGUCUUCCUUAGCGGACAUCUCAGCAUAUUCUCUUUCGCGGCCUCCGAGCUAUGAUCAACUGUCGCGAAGAUCGAUAGUGGAGGGUCCUGAUAGUCAGGGCAUCACAUCGAGCAUCGAAGGUGUGUUAUGGUCGGAUGAAGAAGAGAACGAGUACUUCUACCACGAGAAUGUGACUUCUGCGUGGAACCAAGGUCAGUGA